AUGGCCUCAACCAAGGCUGUUGGCACUGAAGUGUAUUUGUCUUCUUGCCCUGCCACAGAUCCUACCCUGUCAUCUCCUGACGAACCAAACCGGCCUCAGAAUGAAGCUCAGGUGGUACCAGAGCUGGCUGCUAAGGAGGAGUUCCAUCUUAGUUGGCAGAGGCCCCAUGAUGUGGGAGCUGGACUCGAGAACACAGGUAAUAGCUGCUACAUGAAUGCAGUACUGCAGUGUCUGACACACACACCACCUCUUGUCAACUACAUGUUGUCUCGGGAGCACUCUCAGAACUGUUGUCACCAAGGAGACUGCAUGAUUUGUGCUAUGGAAGCUCAUGUGACCCGGAGUCUCCUCUACUCUGGGGAUGUCAUCCAGCCCUCAGAGAAGUUGACUGCUGCCUUCCACAAGCACAGGCAGGAAGAUGCCCAUGAGUUUCUGCUGUUCACCUUGAAUGCCAUGCACACAUCCUGUCUGCCAGGGAGCAAGCUCCUGGGAUGCACAUCUGAGCAGAGCUCCCUGAUCCAUGAGAUAUUUGGAGGCUCCUGGAAAUCUCAGAUCAAGUGUCUCCACUGCAAUGAGACCACAGACCUCUUAGAGCCCUUCCUUGACAUCACCCUGGAUAUCCAAACUGCUCAGAGUGUGAACCAAGCCUUGGAAAAUUUAGUAAUGGAGGAACAGCUGUGUGGGGAAAAUGCCUACCAUUGUGACAACUGUAGGCAGAAGACAAUGGCUUCCAAGACCCUGACUGUGAAAGAUGCCCCAAAGGUUCUCUUGCUGGUGUUGAAUCGCUUCUCAGAGUUCACAGGUGACAAAAAGGACAGGAAAGUGAGCUAUCCUGAGUCCUUUGACUUCCAGCCCUACAUAUCUCAGUCCCAUAGACAACCAUUGUUUUAUAGCCUGUAUGCUGUACUGGUCCAUGAUGGUGUGACUUGUCACAGUGGUCAUUACUUCUGUUAUGUCAAAGCUGGCAAUGGUCACUGGUAUAAGAUGGAUGAUUCUAGUGUCACCAGAUGUGAUGUCAAUUCUGUCCUAAGUGAACCUGCUUAUGUGCUCUUUUAUGUCCAGCAGACUGAUCUCAGAACGAAUUUGUGGGUGCUCUCACAGGCAGAACACCAGGUAGGGGAAUCCUGGUAUACAACGAUCAACAGAGGAUCCCCCACAGAAGCUGCAGAGCCCCCGGAUCACACAGAGAAUACAGCUGCCAAAAAUUUCUUAGACCACUGGAAAACUCUUCUGAACAUGAACACCAAAGCCUUUGGUGAAACUUGGAAAACACAGACCUACUCUGAGAGCAAAUGA